AUGCUGCAGAGACAAGCGUUGCGUGCGGCGUCAUCGGGCGCUGCAUCCCUGAGAGCAGUGCCCGUGCGCCACACACAUGUGCAUGCACAAGCCAUCACAGGGCUAGGUUACCCUCAGCAGCAGCAGCAGCAGCAGCAGCAGCAGCAGUGUGGGCCGCCGACCUCACCUGGCAAGCGACAUGAUGCGCUGUGCAAUGCAGGGCUUGCGAAGCAGGACUUCUACGAGCUGCUCGGUGUUUCCCGCGAUGCCUCUGAGCGCGACAUCAAGAAGGCGUACUUCCAGUUGGCAAAGAAGUACCAUCCAGACACCAACCCCGGCGAUGAGGCGGCUGCGCAAAAGUUUGCCGAAAUCAGCGAAGCUUACGAGGUGCUGAGCGAUUCCCAGAAACGGCAGCAGUACGACCAGUUUGGCAGCACUGGCCCCUCUGGUGGAUUUGGCGGGCAGCAGGGCUUUGGCGGCGGGUUCUCCAGCAACCCCGAGGACAUCUUCCGCGAGUUUAUGCGCAAUAUGGGCAUGGGCGGUGCCGGCGAGUACGGCGACCCGUUUGGCGGUGCCGCGGGCUUCAGGCAGCAGACGUUUGUGACAACGGUGCGGCUGUCGUUUAUGGAGUCUGUCAAGGGCGCGUCGCGUACGCUGACGUUUCCCAGCGUGGAGGCGUGUUCGUCGUGCAAGGGGUCUGGAUCUGCCACGGGCAAGACCAUCACCUGCCCCGUCUGCAACGGCUCAGGCGUGGAGCACAUGUCGAUGGGAUUCUUGAACAUGCAGUCGGCCUGCCGCAAGUGUGCCGGCACCGGCCAGGUCCCCGAGAAGUCGUGCAAGGAUUGCAAGGGCAGCGGGUCUGUGAAGACGGAGGAGACGGUAUCGGUGAACAUCCCUGCUGGUGUUGAGGACGGUAUGCAGCUCCAAGUCGGAAACCACCGCGUCAUCUCAAUCGAGGUGGAGCCAUCACGGCAGUUCAGGCGAAAGGGAACCAAUGUCUUCAGCACAGCGCGCAUCAGCCUGCCGCAAGCCGUGCUCGGCGGGCGUGUGCACGUCCCAGGGCUGUACGGCGACAUGGCUGUCAAGGUGCCUGCAGGCACAAACUCGGGCCAGCGCCUCAAGCUGCGGGACCGUGGGUUCCAGAGCGUGCAUGACUACACAAAGGGCGCACACAUCUUGGAACUUGUUGUCGACGUCCCAGUGCGCUUGAGCGAUGAGGAGCGGGAGCUGUAUGAGCAGUUGGCGCUGCGUGAAGCGAACAGAAAUGGCGAAGUCACAGGCAUCGAAGGUGUGAGCCGCAAAGUGUUUGUGGAUGAGGAGGAGCUGGCUGCACUCCGUCGCGCUGCCGAGCGAGCAAUGCACGCCACUGGUGGUGCUGGUGAUGAUGGUGAUGGUGGCUGCUUCAGUGCUGGGAGCGGAAGCAGUAGCAGUGCCAGCAAGAGCAGCAAAGCGAAGAAGAACGAGCACCGCGGGUUCUUUGAGCGCAUUUCGCACGCCAUCUUCGACGAUGACCAGGAGGAGGACUCAAAGGAUAGCACCAAGGACAGCAAGAAGGACAGCAAGAAGGACAGUGGCGACACCAAGGCGGGCAGCAACGACAGCGACAGCAGCAAGAACAGCAAGGGCUCAGACCGUGAGAGCGCUUAA